AUGUCAAACCGAGUUCCGCGAAUAUUGCUUUACGUACUCAGUCGCGACGUACGCCUUUCAGACAAUCCUGCUUUUCAUGCCGCAUCCCUUCACGCCGCUCGUCCAAACUCCUCGAGAACCUCUUCGAAUGGGGACAGACGGCACCGCGAUGACUCGUUGACUUCGGAACACGGCGGCGCAAACUUUACGCACCUCUUACCCGUAUACGUUUUUCCCGCCCACCAGGUCGAAGUCUCCGGCUUCCUCUCCUCCCCAUCAGAUAAAAGUCCGUAUCCGGAGGCGCGCAGUGAAGUCGCACGAGUAUGGCGGACAGGACCUCAUCGCGUGCAAUUUAUAGCGGAUGGAGUAUGGGACCUCAAGGAAAAGCUUGCGAGAUUGAACUGCAACUCUGGACUGGAGAUGCGCGUGGGCAGAGUCACCGAAGUUGUGUCUGACAUAAUCGACUGGUAUUCCCAAAACGAGCAUGAGGGCAGAAUCAGCGGGGUCUGGAUGACUGACGACGAUACCACAGAAGAGAAGAGAGAAGUUGCAAGUGUGAGGAAACUUGCAGAACAACAUGGAGCAGACUUCAAAGCGUGGAGCGAUGAAAAGUUCUACAUAGACGAUCGUGACCUACCGUACGAUAAUAUAUCCGAUCUGCCAAACGUAUACACUUCAUUCCGAAAAGGACUCGAGCCGCUCCGCGAUCGACCUCGCAGUACCCUACCCACACCAGCCCAACUACCACCACUACCUUCGAGCAUACCACCCCAAAAACAACCUUUUACUAUACCUUCGACCUUAGAAAAGCUGAAGAGAGCUCUGCUGUCUCCACUAGAGGAAGAUAAAACAUAUACCCUUACGUGGCCACCACAAUGGCCGACUGAUGUUCAGUCCGCGCAUCCGUUCUCUGGAGGCGAAACCGCUGGUCUGAACCGCAUAAACCAUCUUAUCAGCUCCGGGGCUAUGAGCUCGUAUAAGGCUACAAGAAACGGCAUGCUUGGCCUUGAUUUCAGUACAAAGCUUUCAGCCUACCUCGCUCAAGGUCACAUCACCGCCAGGCAGGUCCAUUGGGCGAUGAUGGAUUUUGAGGAAGGGCGAGGCCCUGGUGAAAAGAUUGCUGGCUAUGGAAAGGGCGAGAACGAAGGAACAGCAGCUGUUCGAUUCGAACUGUUAUGGAGAGAUUACAUGCGACUCUGCAUGAGAAAAUUCGGGCACAAGAUGUUCAGUCUCUACGGCAUACAAGAUCGUGACACGAAAGGUCAAAAAGGAGAAUUACAACAAAAGAAGUGGAAAAAACUAAACGAAUCUGGUGGUGCAGGCGACGAUCCGGCAAAGACGCUCGAAGCAUUCCAGAGGUUCCGCUCAGGGCGCACUGGAGUCGGUCUCAUCGACGCAUCAAACCGCGAACUCUUCGUCACAGGUUACACGUCGAACCGUGCGAGGCAAAACGUCGCCUCUUUCCUCUCGUCACAUCUCAAUAUUGACUGGAGAGUUGGAGCCGAGUGGUAUGAAUGCUUUCUUGUGGAUUAUGAUGCAGCUAGCAACUGGGGCAAUUGGCAAUACGUUGCUGGUGUCGGCAACGACCCGCGGCAGGGCCGCAUCUUUAAUCCCGUCAAACAAGCACUCGACUACGAUAAAAACGGCGAAUACAUCAAGGCAUGGGUACCAGAGUUACGAGGCAUCAAGUUGACGCGAACUGUUGGUCCUGGGAAGGAAGAAGUGGACCAGCAACGGUUGAUGGGCCUUUACCAAGCUUGGAAGCUUAGUGAUUGGGAGAAGCAAAACUUGGGUUUGAAGGGCGUAGACUGGGUCGAACAGCCGCUCACUAGGAUACAAUUUCAAGUUGGCCGGGGGCGUGGUGGUGAGCAAGAGGGAAGGUCGAAACGGGGUGGAGGUGGGGGCAUGCCAUGGCGGGGAAGAGGGGGCCGUGGUCAAGGAUCUGAUCGCGGAUCUGAUCGCAACUCUCGACCCAAGGGUGACGGAGAAUGGUCCAGGAAAGUGGAGGGGCCUACCAUCGUGAGCAGUGAGCCGACCACGGCGUCAUAG